CCCGCCGCUAGCAGCCGCAAAUUAUAUUUAUACAUUUGUUUUUCGGUAAACAAAGUCUAUUUCGAGCAUGUCGCGCCAAUUAAGCUUUUGUCCUCAGCAGGAAUAUGAGCUCAUUGAAUAUCCUGGCCGAGUGGUCAACACAGACCGCAUGCUGUCUACUCUGGGCGGCAUUGUCAACAUAUCAAAGGUUCUGGGUGAUGAGAAGAAACGCUUGGAGCUGCGUUUUCAUCCGGAUAAUCCAUACAACAAGCCCACCUUUGGUGACUGCACGGACAAAUCAGGUGUUCUGCUGUCGGUAACCGUGCGGCGACAUAAACGCGACAAGUCGCGCCCGCCGCAGCACUUUGUCCGGGUGCUGGGCCAUUGCAGCCGCAGCUUCUCAUUUGAAUCGCUUUGUGAUUUUCAGUAUCUGCCGCUUUGGCAUAUGCCCAAAAGUGAUGAUUCCUGCGCCGCAUCAGAGCUGAUGUAUGCAUUGGAUCAAGUGCAGCCACGCGAUGUGACCGACUUGGACUAUUUCAAACGCCCACAGGCGCAAUUGCUUUGCCUGCCGGAGCUGUUCGCACGCGUGGACAUUGUGCACGGAGGACACUAUCGAAUCGAUGGAACUGGAGAUGGUCAGCAUGAGGUGCUGGGCGUAUCGGCCAAGUCCACCUAUGACAAUCACGAUGUCGUCUCGUUCAACAUGCAGGACACAUUUCCCACCCAGCCAGAUGCGCAAAUACUCAAGCGCCUCAAGGUGAAAUACGUCUCGGACGAGCAAUUCGCCCGGGUCAAGAAGCUGUUCGAUGAUAUUCCCAUCUGGACACGCAUUGCGCUGCUGUACGAAUCGGGCGUAACCAAUGAGAAGCUUAAAUGCAUCAUACCAUCACUGGCCUUUUACUUCAGCAAUGGGCCCUGGCGAACAUUGUACGUGCGCUAUGGCUACGAUCCUCGCAAGGACUUCAAAAGUCGACACUAUCAAACAUUUGACUUUCGCUUGCGGUUCGGCUCGGGCGUGUCCGAGUUUGUCUACUCACGGAAGUCUGCCAAACAGAAGAGAUCAUCCACGGCCGCCAGCGAGGAGAUGAAAAGUGAAUUGGUGCAAAACAUCGAUUAUCCCUAUUUUGAUGAACACAAGUUGCCACGUUCCAGGCAGUGCAUGCUGCGCUAUUGCGAUGUGCGCCUGCCAAAGAUACAGGAAAUGCUCGAAAAAAUUCCCACUCCACUGACUGGCGCUGUUUGCAACGAACGCACCGGCUGGUUGCCACCCAGCUUUGAUGCACAGGUGCGUCAAAUUGUAUGCGCCACCAUUAGCGAUCUGCUGCGUAACCAUUAUCGCAAAGAACAUCUGACCGCCGAGGUGGAGGCUGUGCCCCAGACCGAGGGUGAAGCCGAAGCAGAGGAGGAGGAAUACUACAUCGAAGACGAGGAGACUCAAGAGGAGGACAUGGACCUGGAUGAAACGCCGGCCAACGAAAACCUCGUCGAUAAAAACAUUGAACAGUUGCUCAACAAUAUCACAAGCUGAUCUGAUUAUAUGCGCGAUCUCUUACAAUAAGACAAACUAAAAUAGUUUUAGCUGUGAUCACAAAUAGUUUUAUAAGAUUUUUGCAAAAGUAACAAGAUUCAAAGAACAUGUUUAAAAAUGGACGAUCUUAAGAUGCUUAUCAAAGAAA